GGCCGGCGGCUGGGCGACGGGGGUAGGUUGUUCCUGAGGUGGGAGGUGGCAGCUUACCGUGGCUGAAGAGGAGGCCUGAGAGCGACAUGUCCUCGGCAGCUGAAGCAGAGCGGCCCGUGGCGCUGUGUUUCUGAGUGUGGGGCGGCCUGGCGGUCGGCCGAGGACUGGGGUCAGCGGGGGCUGCCCCAGCGGUGGUGGCCGCCAUGCUGGGGGGCCGGGUGGUUAAGGGAGCCGCCGUGGCGCUCUUGCGGCUGCUGCUGCUGCUGCUGCUGCCGGCGCUCAGGGGGCCGGGGCUCGGUGUGGCUGGUGCGGCUGGGGCUGGGCUGCCUGAGAGCGUCAUUUGGGCCGUCAACGCAGGCGGCGAGGCGCAUGUGGACGUGCACGGGAUCCACUUCCGCAAGGACCCCUUGGAAGGCCGGGUGGGCCGAGCCUCAGACUAUGGCAUGAAAUUGCCAAUCCUGCGUUCUAACCCUGAAGACCAGAUCCUAUAUCAAACUGAGCGGUACAAUGAGGAGACCUUUGGCUAUGAAGUGCCCAUCAAGGAGGAGGGGGACUACGUGCUGGUGUUGAAAUUUGCCGAGGUCUACUUUGCACAGUCCCAGCAGAAGGUAUUUGAUGUUCGAUUGAAUGGCCAUGUCGUGGUGAAGGACUUGGAUAUCUUUGAUCGUGUUGGGCACAGCACAGCUCAUGAUGAAAUCAUCCCUAUGAGCAUCAGAAAGGGGAAGCUGAGUGUCCAGGGGGAGGUGUCAACUUUCACAGGGAAACUCUACAUCGAGUUCGUCAAGGGGUAUUAUGACAAUCCCAAAGUCUGUGCACUCUACAUCAUGGCUGGGACAGUGGAUGAUGUGCCAAAGCUUCAGCCUCAUCCAGGAUUGGAGAAGAAAGAAGAGGAGGAAGAAGAAGAAGAUUAUGAUGAAGGGUCUAAUCUCAAAAAACAAACCAAUAAGAACCGGGUGCAGUCAGGCCCCCGCACACCUAACCCCUAUGCCUCGGACAACAGCAGCCUCAUGUUUCCCAUCUUAGUGGCCUUUGGAGUCUUCAUUCCAACCCUCUUCUGCCUCUGCCGGUUGUGAGAACAAAUGACCAUCCUGAACAGGGUGGAGGGGUGUGGGAAAGAAACCAAACAUGUUGGUUUCUGUGUUUUUCACAAUGAUUAAUGAAAAAACAAAAAACAAACAAACAAACAAAAAAACCACACACACACAAAUUAAAGAGAUAAAAAGAGGCAGAGUGAAUAGAGAACAGCCCUCAUGCACCACCUGGUCCCAGACCUGCUUAAUUAAGUCCUAGUCUUCUCUUUGUGGCUGACCCUCAGCCAUUUGUUUCCUCUUGAGGGUACUUAGGGUACACUGGAUUCUUCUUGUUCAAGGAUCCUCAUUUGUAUACCUGGUGAAAAGGACUCUGAACUCAGAGCAGUCACAGUUCCUCUUUUUAGAUUGGGAAUUAAAAGCAGGGAAAUAUCAUCUUAUUACCUGAAAAGACCAGUACUUCAAGUUGAAUAUGUUGUGAACUUAUGCCCAGAUAAGUUUUUCUAUGUCCUGAGAUUGAGAGUGUGUGUGUCAAGAUAUAUAAUUUGUAUGGUAAAGACAAAAGGAAAAAGAAGAGGGAUUUUUUAAAAAGAAAGAAAAGUAAAGGUUUCCUUACUUAGAAGCCUUUUGGGAUUAAUCCAAUGAUGGUUUCACCUUAAGUGUUUGAACUUUGUCAUUGUUUAUCUCCCUGACAUGUGCCAGUAGAGGACUGUCUGGUAUCCAAGACAAUUAGUUUAUGUCGAGUCCUCAAAUUGCCUCUGACUUGUUAUCACAACAAAUCAUUUGAUUUCAGUGCCUGUUUGGGACUUGAUGUCUUCUGAAAUUUUUUCUUAAUUUGGCUCAUUUGAAAUCUCUUCUCCCUGUCAACCAUCUCACUAAGUUAUUGCCAAAAAGGAAAGGAGAUGAGGAUUUGGGUUUCUCUCUGCUUGAAUGUCUUUUCCUUUACCACCUCACCUUGUUGGUAUCUCCCUCCCUGGAUCUCUGAGCCAACACCCAAGAGGACCUGACCCAGAAGUUCUUUACUGGCCUGUUUGUAGGAUCUUGCUGCCAGGGGGCAAGGAUGCUUUCCAGACUACAGCAACAGAACACUUGACCUUAAAAGCCUCUUCUGAUCUUUGGAUUAGAAAAGGCUUAUGUUAGGAUAGCUUAAGAGCAACCUCAGAUACUUGAGCCCUACUAAGUGACUGACCACUGUUUAGAUUAUCUACUAUCUGACCUUCAAUUAUUUCCAUGUCCUUCUGUUCAUCCAGUUUUGAUUUAUGCCUUGAACUGCCCCCAUAUAGAAUGAUGCUACAUGGGUCCAGUGAUGCUUCUUAUUGAUGUUAAUAGUAUGUACCUUGCUAUGCCCCUGUCCUUUUCAUUCCCUAUCCAGGCAGCAGUCAGGUUCUUGGUGUGAUGAGACUGAAAGAUUUCUAGUCAGCCAUAGUCCUUGCAGCUCUGAAGCUAACCUUUAGCAUCUAAGUGUCUGUCUUUAAUUGCUUGGAAAUUUUUCUGUAAGAAAUGGUUCCCUCCCUUUUUGGUUACCGUUAUCCAUUUCCUAUUUAAGGCAACAAUGAGGGAGGACACAGUCAAGCUAAAACGACUUUUGUGGAUGACAGACAGCAUCCACUUUUGUGGAUGACAGACAGCCCCCUCACCGUGGGCUGGAGUAUAGAAUCUCAGGCCAGGGCCAUCUUUCUACAAUGUGUUUAAUUUUGAGUUUGCCUUAAGAGCUUCAUAUAUUUGAACUGCUCUUUACGUGACAAAGUCAGUAGCUUUUUGGCUUAUGUUCUGGGUUUUAGCUCUUAAUGAUGACUCCAGGCCAGCAUUUAGUCAUUUGAGAAUUAUAGCCCUUUAUUUUUGCUGUGACCUGGGUCUUAGUGGUAGGGUAUUGAGUCAGGCAGCUGGAUGGUUGUGGCCCAAGGCUACAAUCAGAGGAACACUUCUUGGAGUGCUUCACAAAGCUCCCUUGCUUCUAAAAGAUGAGGUACUGUAUGUAGCUUUGGUCUUGGGGACCACCUGCCUGGGGCAGGGGAUAUCCUGACUAACUGGGCUUCUGGCAGUGGCUUUGGUUCUUAUUCUAUCACAAUUCCCCAAAGCCAUGGGCCACUGCUAAUAAUUAGACAAGACAAAGAAGGAGGACUUGCUGCCUCCAUUUUGCCUUGUUUGUUAGUUUGCCUGGGUCUCUCUGAGGAGGGAGGGGUCUGGCCUCCACCUCAACCCAUCCCUUCAGUGACUCAGAGUCUCUGAAGGAAACUCUGACCCCUGGGGCCAUUUCCUAAUGGUACUGUAAGCCAAGCAGUUUUGCUUCUGCCUCUGUUUCCAAGCCCUGAGUUCAGGGAUAGGGAUGGGCGCUUUCCUCUCUGGUUGUGUCCAAAAGGAAGGAACAUCUUUCUAUGACUAACAAAAACUAAAGGGGGAAGUGAGGAAGCAGGAGGUGGGGGCUGGGGUAGAUUCCCCUGGAGCCAAGCCCACCCAGCUAACAAGAGCUGCCUAGGGCUGGACAGCUGGCUCAGGAUGCUGAACUUGAAAGCUUUUUGUUUUUCUCCCCUCCAACAUACAGGUACAUGAAGUUUAGGUUAAAGGGGUGGGAUGGGGCACUCUUUAUUAUUAUUAAUUUUUUUUGGUAUUUUAUAUGUCAAGAAUUAUUUUGUUUUUCUUUUUUUUUUCUUUUGCACUGUUUUUUCCCCUUAAAAAAUUUUGAGCUAGUGCUGAGACUGAGAGGCUAUAACCAUAGGGAGUUGAACUGGGCUUGGGAGGUGAUGAGGGUUGCCAGUUAGUUGGUGUGGGUAAGAGAGGCCUGGGUUGUUCUGUUGAAUCUAUGCUCUGUCUCAGGUUUUUAUUUCCCACUCAGCCCAGCUGGCCAAAGACAAGAGCAGACAGUCUGUGUGAAACUUACUUUGCCAGAAGUGUGGCCUCGGUUGAGUUUCUGGAAGGGCCUUGCAAAGAUGUUUACUGGAGAUGGGUUGAGAGUCUGCAGUCUAACUCUGGGUCAGGGGCAGCUAGUCUCUAAUCAGACUUUAUUGGGUCUCACUAGUGCUUAUUAAAAUAGUGCCAAGAAACUGUGGGAUUCCUGUUUCCUAAACCUGAUCCAUUUUUCUAAAAAAAAAUCUCUAUUAAUGUGAGGCUGCUUAGUGAAUAGCCUGAGUUCUGGUGAUCUGAAAAAUAGUUAUCUUCAAGUGUCAGUGAUGUUAGACUCCCAAGAGGACUAGCCCCUACCUGCAGGGCCACCUGCUGGCUUGAGUAUUGAUCAUCAUGUUCUCUUGCUCCCACUGCCUAAUAGUUGCUAGCAUCAUAGUAGAGGUCACUUAGGCUUUGAUGAGAUGAGGUGAAGUUUGAGUUAAGUUUACCUCCCUCUUUCUGUGCCUGGGAAACUGGUGUAGUUUUAGAAUUAUGAUUUGACUUUUUUAUUUUUUGGGAAAAGCUUCUGUUUUAAGGAAUUUUUCUUCCUUCUUAUCCUGCCUCUAGCCUGUCCUGAAAUGGCCUGGCGAUGGCUUCUAGAAUCUCAGUUGAGAACUUCAGAAAACAGCAGCAGUAUUUUCCUUUACCUAGUGUUAACAUCCCUUUCUCUAGGAAUGAGCUCACCUUGGAAAACCCAGGGAGAGAAUCAUCAGGUUGUCUACUCUCCCUGGGGAUUAGAAAAGGACCCAUCCCAGUCAGCACAGUGCCUUUUCCUCUCCUGCUCUGAGCCAGGGUGGACAUGCCCUCUAAAUUAGGUCUGGGAAGAGGUCCUACAGUCCCUCCCAUGGGGCUACUUUCCCAUUCCUUCUUCCCCCUCCCCUUUGCUGGUCUACUCUGACAUAAUUCUUCAAGUGUCUUUUUGCCUUGAGGAGCCUUAAUGGCAUUGAGUGGCAACAUGUAAUAUUGUCCUCCAUGCAUCUCCAAAAGAACCUAGGAGAGCAAGUGAGCUUUCUAAACAAAGUGAGAGACUAAUAGAUGCUCCUGGUUGUUUUUUUUUUGUUGUUGUUUUUUGUUUUUUGUUUGUUUUAAAGGCCUGGUAGGGAGGUAUGUUUGGGCCUCCUGCUGUGGCCUGUGAGGAAAGAGGCUGGGGCAAAGCUGUGAUCGUGCAUAACUGAAGCAUAACUAGAAGCACCCAGGAUCUGUUCAGAGAUCUCAGAAGAAACCAGAUUCUCUUCUAUGGAAAGAUAUAAUUAGGGAUCAAAGAGCUCUACGAAAUUUGCAAAGAAGCCUUAAUGUUCAAGCUUCGAAGAGAUCAGAGCAAUUUUUCCCUUUUAGUCCAAGAGCUAAGACUCUGUGUUUAGACCUAUCCUGAGGCAAGAGGGCUGGAUUUCCUCAUUUUGUUGUAAGACUAGAUUGGCACCAAUGAGUCAGCUGUCAGUGAGGGCAGGCUGCUUCUUUGCAUAUGUGUGCCUUGCUGCCUAUCUGGUGUGUCCUUCUCGGCUGCCUUUUGUCUAGCCUGCUUUGGGUUGCCAGAUCAUCUUGAUAAGAGCAGGUGAUUUGGGGACUGACUGGGUUGGCAGGAAAAGAGCAGGAUGGAUCUCUUGGGUUCUCCCAGGAAUAUAAAACAAGGAGCCAGGGUUUGCUGGCAGCUGGAGAGAUAGUUGUGCCUGUUUAAGUUGGCAGAGAGGGCUUUGGCAUCUCUCACAUCCAGACAGUCUUAUAAGAUGGGGGCACACAGCACUGGAAAAAGCAGAACUCCAUUCUCACCUCUAUUUUCAGCUUCAGUGCUUUAUUUCAGUAUGAGGAAAAACAACAACAAACUGAAGUGCGCUUUCCGUCCUUUCAAAGGACAACUGUUGGGAAAGGAGAGCCAGGUUGCUAGGUGGGAGGAGAGAAUUGGCAGGGAGAAUCAUUCUUGACUCCUCUCUUCCCAGGUAUGUCAAGAUCCAGGGAAUGAAAAGCAUUUUGACCCUGGAUUAGUUCCUCCUUGAAUUGAAGGAAUAUUACACUUUCCUUCCAUGAAGUUUUCUUAGGCUAGGACCAGCUGCCCAUUCUGAGCUCAGGGUAGCCUCUUCAAUUAUUGGCAUAAUCUGAUUUGUCAGGAAACUAACCUUACCCCUCCAUAUUGGGUCUAGCUGCUCUAUUUUUUACUGAGUACUGGAGAAAAAAAUGUCAAUUCUUAGUAACCCUUGCAGGUCUUACUUUAGUUUCUCGUCCUUUCUUUGCAGAGGCCACACCAACUAUUUGUAGCCACAACAUGCAUUUACAGUGGCAAAAUGAAAUGUAAUCGUGGGGCUUUGAACCUGGCUGGCCGGGAAAGCUGUAGGGGUGGAUAGAGCUGGCUUUUCUUCUGAGCUGUCUCCAUCUGUCCCUUUCCCUUCCAUGCCCCACCCUACUCCCACCAAAAAGUAAAAAAUCAGGAUGUUUUUCACUGUCCAUUGCUUUGUGUUUUAAUAAACAAUUUACAGUGACA